AUGACUGUAAUAGAUUUCAUAGAUCUGAGUAAUCAUGAUAUUAUUGACUUGAGCAGCAGCGAUGACGAGAUUGUUCAGGAGGGUCAUAUUGCAACUAAGCACCGGGCGGCGUCGCUUGAUAGGCAGACUAUGCAUGUCAUAGCUGGUGUAGGAAUCCAAGAUGUGCAGGCUGCGUUUGUUGCAACUAGUGAAGGAAGGCAAGAUGUGCAGGCUCUGUUUGCUGCAGCUAGUGAAGGAAGACAAGAGGCUGCUGAUUGCGGAUAUGCUUUGGAAGUCACCACAUCGUCCUUGGUUACGGAAAAAGAACCUCUUGUUGCAGCUAGUGAAGGAAGCCAAGAUGUGCAAGCUGUGCUUGUUGCAGCUCUUGAAGGAAGCCAAGAUGUGCAGGCUGCGUUUGUUGUAGCUAGUGAAGGAAGCCAAGAUGUGCAGGCUGUGCUUGUUGCAACCACUGAAGGAAGGCAAGAAGUUGCCGACUCCGGAAAUGCUUUGGAGGCUACAGCAUCGUCUUUGGUUACUGAAAAAGCACCUCUUGAUAUGGCUGAAUCACACAACUGUCCUCGCUCUCCCACAUCAGCGACAUUCCCCAGCCCGACUUCUACCGUUCUGAAGGCUCCGACCUCUGAAGGUGGCGAUGCAAAGCUGGUAAGAGGGAAGGUGAAGCGUCCCAGGAAGAACUACCACACCGGUACUCCUAGGACAAGUCCUAGGUUUGAACUGAAGCCUGAAUGUCGGAACGGGCCUCUGGACGAGCUGCCAGCAAAGGCACUGACCUCUGAAGGUGGCGACGCAGAGCUGGUGAGAGGGAAGCUGAAACAUCCUAGGGAGAACUACCCUGCUGGCACUCCUAGGACAAGUCCUAGGUUUGAACAGAAGCUUGAUUGUCGUAACGGGACUGUCGAAGAGCUGCCAGCCGAGGCACUAAUUUCUGAAGGUGGUGAUGCGGAGUUGGUGAGAGGGAAGGUGAAACGUCCUAAGAAGAACUACCAUACCGGCACUCCUCGGACAAGUCCUAGGUUUGAACCGAAGCGUGAAUGUCAUAACGGGUCUGUGGAACAAAUGCCAGCCGAGGUUCUGACCUCUGAAGGUGGUGAUGCUGAGGUCGUGAGAGGGGAAAGAAACAUUCUAGGAAGAACUGCCAUACCGGCACUCCUCGGACAAGUCCUAGGUUUGAAACAAAGCGUGGAUGUCGUAACGGGUCUGUGGAAGAGCUGCCAGCUGAGGCUCUGA